GGGGCUCACCAUUCAUGCCACUCUCACUGGGCUUUUUGGGCGCACGUGCUUGCGCAAAACAUCGCCCGCGCGCGUCCAUCGCGUCGUUGCAUCUAUUCACUCAUUUGCCGGUCGCCCGCGCUCGCUCGCUAGCCACGAGAAAGCCGGAAAGUAGAAACAGUCUCAGCAAAAAGCUAUCGAGAACCUCCGCGCGCGCAAAAUCGCCCGCGCUUCACCGUCGUCACAAGCCCAGAAAGCUCUAAAACCACACUGAUGGCUCCGUCGCUCCAACAGAAGCUCUUCGUCGAGUUCGUCGGCACGGCGCUGCUCUGCUUCACGGUGCUCUCCGUCGCCACCGUCGACGACACGAAGGACAACGACUACUUCGGCAUCGCCAUCGGCUUCGCCGUCGUCGUCGCCGCGGCGACGGUCGGCGGCGUCUCGGGCGGCGCAUUCAACCCCGCCGUCAGCAUGCUCUCCGUCGUCGCGGGCAAGUCCGCGACCAUCGCCGUCUACUGGGCCGGCCCCGCGCUCGGCGCCGUUUUAGGUACCGGCCUCUUCAAGGCCGCGUACAAGGGCGAGAGCAAGAAGAAGAGCAAGCGCAAGACGCGCUGAGGCUGAGCGGCUGAGCCCUAUCCCCCCAAGUCCCGUUGGACCGAUCCCAGCCAACAGUUCCCCGCGCUCCCCCCGCGCGACGCACGUUCUAAGUACUCGUGCGAAGGAAGGACCCGGGAUAAAGUGAAAACUACC